CCCGGUCUGUGUGGGCUGGGCUGGGCGGGGUGGCCAACCUGCCCUGCAACAUGACCUCUCCGCUGCCUGCGGACCCGGCUCUCCUCGUCCUCUGGUACAAGAACGGCAUCCACAAGCCCAUAUACAGUUUCGACGUGCGGAGCGGCCCACCUUCCCACUGGAAGAUCCCGUCUCACCUGGGCCACCGGGCCACCUUCCACCCGACCACGGCCACUCUCACACUGCAGAGGGUCGAGGCUGAGGACCACGGAACCUAUCGCUGCAGAGUCGACUUUAGGGUCAACCCCACCCUCACCUUCACUACCAACCUCACUGUUAUUGUUCCCCCGCGGCGCCUGGCAGUGUACACGGAGCUGGGCGUGGAGGCGCGCAGCAUCGUGGGGCCCUUCGCCGAGGGUGACACCCUUCGUCUCACCUGUCGCGCCUCGGGAGGGUCGCCGCCCCCUACUGUCACCUGGUGGGAGGGCCCGGUGCUCCUGGACAUGACCCCGGAGGUCGAGACCCUGGACCAGGUGACUAACACGCUGGUGGUGCCCUCACUCUCCCGGCGGGAUCUGCACCGGACUCUCACGUGUCAGGCGGCCAACUCCAACCUCACCGCCCCCCUCGCCACUACCGUCACCCUCGACAUGAACUUUCCGCCACUGUGGGUGCGCAUGCUGACCAGCCGGGACCCACUGAGCGCCGGCCGGCCCUACGACGUGGUGUGUCAGGCCGCUGGCUCCCGGCCCCCGGCAUCUGUCACCUGGCGCCUGGGCAACACCAGACUCAACACUCACACUGACAAGCUGAGUCAGGAGGGCAAUGUGACGACGAGCGAGCUGCGGCUGACACCAGAGGUGGCUGACGCCGGCAGGGUGCUGACGUGCCUGGCCCAGUCCCCGGCCCUCGUCUCUCUCCCUCUCCUGGACGAGUGGCGCCUCGAUGUUUACUACGUUCCCAUGUCGACGCUGUACCCGGGUCGGAACCUCAAUCUGAGCGACAUCGAAGAGGGAGACGAUGUGUACUUCGAGUGCUCCAUCAAGGCCAACCCCUGGGUCUACAAGAUUGUCUGGCUCCAUGAGGGCCAGGAGCUGCAGCACAACGUGUCAGCCGGGGUGAUCAUCAGCAACCAGAGUCUGGUGCUGCAGAGGGUGGCGAGGACGGCCUCCGGCAGCUACUACUGCGUCGCCUCCAACAUCGAGGGCGACGGACAGUCCAACCCCGUCAAGCUCAGAGUCAAGUACGCGCCCGUGUGUCGCAACCCACAGAUGACCUACCACGGCGCGGCCAGGUACGAGGAGGUAAACAUCCCCUGUCACCUAGACGCUCACCCGAGCCCCAUAGCCUUCAAGUGGACCUUCAACAACAGCGGCGAGAGUGUUGACAUUCCUCCGGACCACAUCCAGGUGUGGGAGACCGGGUCGACGGUCAGCUAUACUCCCAACACCGAGCUCGACUACGGCACCCUCCUCUGCGUGGGUACCAACGCUGUCGGCCAGCAACGCCGCCCCUGUGUGUUCCACGUCUUCCCCGCCGGUAAGCCCGACCCGGUGCACAACUGCUCGAUGUAUAACCUGUCCGUGGAGGUGGUGAACGUGCGGUGUGUGGCGGGCUUCGACGGCGGCCUGCCCCAGACCUUCAUCCUGGAGCUCUACCAGCCACACACCAAGACACUCCUCGCCAACACCACCAACUCGGUGCCGACGUUUUCAGUGGGAGGUCUGCCGGCCGGCCUGGGCUUUCGAGGUGUUGUGUACUCGACCAAUGGGAAGGGUGGCAGCGAGGAGGUCAGCCUCCAGGUGUUCACCCUCAAGGAUAUGGCGGAGAGACGCACAGCGGCCGUCAAACCCUCGCCUACUCAGAACAAGUCAUCGCAUCACAUAAGCCUCACACCGAUCAUAGCAUUAGUGUUGGGUGCCGUGGGCGGCCUCCUGCUGGUGAUCAUCGUCAUCUGUGCUGUCAUGAGAGUCCACUACGCCAGGAGAGGCGCCGUGCAGUGCCGGCUGGGCAACAUACAGCAGGAGCCCGGGAGUGGCAGCCGUGAGGACGCUGCCACCACCGCCUCUCACUCCAAGGUGUCCCCCACCACCUUCAGCGACGCCAUCCCGCCUCCGCCGCCAUCAUCACGAGACUGUGAUGAGAAGAACCCCGACGUUAUACCCCAGUCAGAGGCAGAGUCGUGGGUGGUGGAAGGUGUCAACACAAUCAGCUCUGCCUCGCUACCCUCAACCUACGCUACACUGCCCAGGGCACAGCACCUGUGCACUCUCGCUAAUUACCAGCCGUGUGCAGCCGGCGACGUACAGUAUGCUGAGCUGGUGUUAGGAGGCAGCAGCUCCAGCCCUCAGCACCCUGACCUUCACAGAGGAACGAGUAACCCUCAGCACCACGACCCCCUCAGAACUACAGCCAACCCUGCACAUCAGGACCCUCAGAGGGUGAUUUACGCCACCCUGGACCACAAGCGCAGCCAAGCUCACUACCCACCGUCACAACAACACCCAUCUUACUCAUCACAGCCCGUCACCAGCACCUCCACGCACACCCUUCACCAGUCUAACCCCACCCACAGUGGGCAGUCACAGACGGCGUCAACACCGCAUCCCCUCUGGACACCCUCCUCUGCUUCCAUAGGACGUCGGCACUCCCUCAGGCACGAUCCCCACCCUGGUGACCCGGAGGCUGUAAUUCCACUUAUCCUCAGUCAAAAGGAAAGCUCUGUAUAAAAAAAAAAGAUCUAUGGUGCUAGUGUUGUAACUGGAACCUGUGCAUAUCGACAAGGGAAGAUAUAUUCAAAGGCUAUAUUAUGUGUCUUCCAGUGAUGUGAAUUUUCGACCAGUCACAAAUUUGGCGCGUUUUUAGCAGGUCAACUGGCUUUCCAUCAUCAACAAAACGUAGAAGAAUUUCACUUGGAAAUUUAUUGCACGACUGUUGUUGAAAAAACUCGACUCUGAAGGCACAGAGGCGAAGUGCUGACACAAAAUUAACAGUACUGAGUGCUGUGUUUGUUGGGCCGAAGCCGUUAGCACUUUUUAUGCUGUGUUGAGUCCCAGUGUAACUGUUACAAUUUAUCCAUGAACAGACAGAAGUGAUUCUAUAAUUAGUGUCAACGGGAAUCACAGCAUUUAUUGGACAUGUUGCUCUCAUUGACAUGAUAAAAGAACACCAUCGGGAAUCACAGCAUUUAUUGGACAUGUUGCUCUCAUAGAUAUGAAAACAGAACACCUUUUUGUGUAUGUUGUGCUCAGGUAAUUGUAAGAAUUUUUGUAUUCUAAGGCACGCUGUGGAUUGCUUGUAGCGGCACAGUGAGGCUGCUCCUCUUACAAGCGACCAUGACAGUCAGCUGGUGAUGACAGUGUUAGUGGCUGUGGACAGGAACCUCAGUAUAGAUGUGUUGGAAUCUCCUUAUAGAUCCAAUAAAACUUCUUAUAAA